AUGCUAGCUCAGCGCACCUGGUGGCGUGCUUGCCGCACAAUCGCUUUGACCGACCACAUACCUCGCUCACCACGGAGUUACUCCUCUGGCACUCCUCCCGCAGCUGCAACCACCACCGAGGGAGCGAAGAACGCGAUCUCUCCACGAUGGCUUUCCGACACAAAAUCCCGAAUUGGACGGUGCAUCACUUUUGGUCUUGCCCCCAAGCUCGUCGAGGAGGCCGGCAAUCUUCUCGGUAUCCUCGGUCGAGACUGGCGAGAACUCGUGGCAGGUAGUGAGGGCUACCUUACCUCGGAGAAAAGAGCUGGCCUACACAGGCAAAACAUAGUCUGGGGCGAGCAAGAUUCCAUGGGCCACGUCAACAAUGUCAUGUAUGUGCGCUUUGCGGAGAGUGGACGCUGCAAUUGGAUACGCAACUAUAGCAGACACGUCGACCCGGCGCACAAGCGCCAAUGGGAGGAGUUAUUGACCUCCAGAGGCAUCGGACUGAUCCUGAAGAGUAUCACUGUGGACUUCAAGUUUCCCAUGACUUGGCCCGAUCGUAUAUCUGUAUACCACAAGUUGAGGGCCCGGCCGGACGAGUCUACAGAGUCGCUUAUACUUGACGUCUUGAUCAUGUCUGAAGUCAAGCAGAGACCCGCGGCGAGGUGUCUCGAAGACGUCGUGGUGUAUAACUACCGAGCGGGCAAGAAAAGCACGCUCGAGCCGUUCAUGCUCGAGCAAUUCAAACAGACCUUUGAUCUGCAGGAGGCGGCAAAAGCCGAGAACCAUGGGAAAAUCCAGCAGAUCGAACAACGUGUGAGAGUGCUAGAAAAAGAGUCGUGGGAUAGACCUGAUGCGAAGGAGGAUUUUGGCAGUGCUCAACGUCCAUAA